UAUUUUUUUUUUUUUUAUUGACUUAUGGUGAAAAUGUGAAGAACUGAACAGGAUUCAGCAGGUCAUCCAGUCCUCAAUGGUUCCGUUGUAUUGGGAUAGUGAAUUUCCCAGUGUUCUGCUGGGCUGCAGCCUGGGACGUUACUUUCAUCAUUAUGUUGUUUUUAUUUUUAUUCUUUCUAUGUUUGACCAACUGUUGAGGACGGAGGUCAUGGUGGAGGAGAAAAGCUCAUGCUGUCAGUCUGACUUUUUGUCUUCAGCGUUGAGCAUGCUGAGGUGAGGAACGUUGGCUUAUUGCUGUGGCGUUAGCAUUAAGGCAACAAAAACAUUUUCAACACGUCCAAAAACUGGAGGAGAGUUUAGCAUUAAAAACAACCAACCCGAUCCAGAGAGAAUGUUGGGUUCUGUUUGGUUCUGGUCAUACCAAGUCAGCGUUACUCGUUGCAGACUCUCCAUGUCGGAUGCUUAUCUGAAGCCAGACUCCAGAUUUCCCUCACCCUUACUGGUUACCAGUUUGAAGACAUCCGUCUAUCCAGACUAGAGUUUUGUUCCUCUGUAUUUGCUGAGAGAUGAAACAUGUUUGCUCUGCAGCUGAGUAAUGAUGUUCAUUACCCAGCAGGGCGGGAAAGGGGGGUGGAGGGUGGAGGCAAGUAGGGGUAACAAGACCCGGCCCCCUCCUCCAGCAGCAACUCCACUCUCUGAAUGAAGUCGACUAACGAGCUCCAGAGGUCGUCAGGCUGUCGCUCUGUGGAGGGAGCUGCCCCCCCCUCCCCCUCCCAAUGGUAGACUGGUGACCCCCCCAGGAUCAGCAGCCAUAUAAGCAAGACACUGCAGGAUCUGCGGUCCGGUCCGGUCCGGGUUGUUCUGCUGCUGGUCUAUCGGUGGAAACUCUGCGGUUUUGAUUCUGAGCAGCAGGAUGUCAGAGCUUUUUCCCGUCUCUCGUUUGUCCUUCCUGCUCAUCUGGCUUCUGGUCCUUUCUUCCUCAGCUUUUCCUCAACCUCGUCUUCCUCUCAGAAAUCCUGAAGGUCCGCAGGAAGCGAAGCGGGACGACUGGGAUGUCCUGUUCCCGUCCAUUUCCCUCCAUGACUGGAACAUCCAGAUGCUGUCGGCGCCGGGCCUCAGGGCGGCGGACAGCAAGGCCGGUCUGGUGGGGGACGCCUGGCUGUUCGCACCGGAGCGUCCGGAGGCCAGCGUCUGGCCAGCGCAGUGGGCGUCAGAAGGGACCCGGAUGGUGAAGAGGAACAUGGUGGUGGCGGACGACGCCGCCUUCAGGGAGAAGAGCAAACUCCUGACCUCCAUGGAGAGACAGAAGUGGCUCAACUCCUACAUGCAGAAGCUGCUGGUGGUGAACUCCUGAUGUCACCUGAGGCCGUUUGUUGCGUGUUGUAGACGAUGCUCCUUGGUGUGGAGGAGGAGAUGACGUCAAUAAAGACUGCAAGUGUUCUGAUGAAA